GCCCCGCCCCGCCCCGGCUCCGGUGGCUGGAGGACCCGGAGCCCCGGCUUCCGAGCCCCAGGUGGCGGCGGGCGCGAUGUGGUUCUUUGCUCGGGAUCCGGUCCGGGACUUCCCGUUCGAGCUCAGCCCGGAGCCCCCCGAGGGCAGCCCGCCCGGACCCUGGGCCCUGCACCGCGGCCGCAAGAAGGCCACGGGCAGCCCGGUGUCCAUCUUCGUGUACGAGGUGAAGGCGGGCGCCGACGAGCAGACUCAGGUGGCCAAGGCUGCCUUCAAGCGCCUCAAAACUCUGCGGCACCCCAACAUCCUGGCCUACAUCGACGGACUGGAGACGGACAAAUGCCUGCACGUCGUGACCGAGGCGGUAACCCCGCUGGGCUCGUACCUCAAGGCCCGGGCAGAGGCCGGUGGAGCCACAGAGCUGGAGCUGUCGUGGGGGCUGCACCAGAUCGCGAAAGCGCUCAGCUUCCUGGUCAACGACUGCAGCCUCAUCCACAACAACGUGGGCACGGCCGCCGUGUUUGUGGACCGGGCAGGCGAGUGGAAGCUGGGGGGCCUGGACUACAUGUACUCGGCCCAGGGCAACGGCAACGGCGGGGGCCCGCCCCGCAAGGGGGUCCCUGAGCUGGAGCAGUACGACCCCCCGGAGCUGGCCGAUGGCAGUGGCAGAGCCGGCAGGGAGAAGUGGUCGGCGGACAUGUGGCGCCUGGGCUGCCUCAUCUGGGAGGUCUUCAACGGGCCCCUCCCCCGGGCGUCUGCCCUGCGCAACCCUGGGAAGAUCCCCAAGUCGCUGGUGCCCCACUACUGCGAGCUGGUGGGAGCCAACCCCAAGGUGCGCCCCAACCCCGCCCGCUUCCUGCAGAACUGCCGGGCGCCCGGCGGCUUCAUGAGCAACCGCUUUGUGGAGACCAACCUCUUCUUGGAGGAGAUUCAGAUCAAGGAGCCUGCUGAGAAGCAGAAGUUCUUCCAGGAGCUGAGCAAGAGCCUAGACUCGUUCCCUGAGGACUUCUGCCGACACAAGGUGCUGCCGCAGCUGCUGACUGCCUUUGAGUUCGGCAACGCGGGCGCCGUGGUCCUCACGCCGCUCUUCAAGGUGGGCAAGUUUCUGAGCGCCGAGGAGUACCAGCAGAAGAUCAUCCCCGUGGUGGUGAAGAUGUUCUCCUCCACCGACAGGGCCAUGCGCAUCCGACUGCUGCAGCAGAUGGAGCAGUUCAUCCAGUACCUAGACGAGCCGACGGUCAACACGCAGAUCUUCCCGCACGUGGUGCACGGCUUCCUGGACACCAACCCGGCCAUCCGCGAGCAGACAGUCAAGUCCAUGCUGCUCCUGGCCCCAAAGCUGAACGAGACCAAUCUCAACGUGGAGCUGAUGAAGCACUUCGCGCGGCUGCAGGCCAAGGACGACCAGGGCCCCAUCCGCUGCAACACCACCGUCUGCCUGGGCAAGAUCGGCUCCUACCUCAGUGCCAGUACCCGACACAGGGUCCUCAGCUCUGCCUUCAGCCGGGCCACAAAGGAUCCCUUUGCACCAUCCCGGGUGGCAGGGGUCCUGGGCUUCGCUGCCACCCACAAUCUCUACUCGGUCAACGACUGUGCCCAGAAGAUUCUGCCUGUGCUCUGUGGCCUCACCGUGGACCCCGAGAAGUCUGUGCGAGACCAGGCCUUCAAGGCCAUUCGAAGUUUCCUGUCCAAACUGGAGUCUGUGUCCGAAGACCCCACGCAACUGGCGGAAGUGGAGAAGGACGUGCACGCAGCCUCCACACCUGGGGUGGGGGGCACUGCCGCCAGCUGGGCGGGCUGGGCCGUCACGGGGGUCUCCUCACUCACUUCCAAGCUGAUCCGCGCCCACCCUUCGGCUGCCCCCACCGACCCUGCUGCCCCACAGAGGCCCUCACCUGAGGAAGCCUUCCAGGAUUCCCAGACCUCCCCAGGGCCGGGUGUGUGGGGACUCAGUGGCCUCUGCUCCCCAGGACUCCCCGCCGCCGCCACCACCCCAACCCCCAUGACCUCCAGCCACUGGGAGACCCAGGAGGGAGACAAGGACACGGCAGAGGACAGCAGUGCUGCUGACAGGUGGGGCGACGAGGACUGGGGCAGCUUGGAGCAGGAAGCAGAAUCUGUGUUGGCCCAGCAGGACGACUGGGGCUCAGGAGGCCAAGCCAGCCGGGGUCAGGUCGCUGGCAGCCCGAGCAGCUGGGAAGCCCAGGGCUCCUGGGAGCAGGCCUGGCAGGAGAAUAGCCCCCAGGAGCCGGCCCCUGAGGGCACCCGGCUGGCCAGCGAGUACAACUGGGGCGGCCAAGAGCCCACCGACAAGGGGGACCCCUUCGCCGCCCUGUCUGUGCGUCCCGGGGCCCAGCCUCGCCGGGACUCCUGGGGUGACGCCAACUGGGAAGGUCUGGACAGUGACACCGACAGCCGGCAGGCCAAGGCUGAGCUGGCCCGGAAGAAGCGCGAGGAGCGGCGCAGGGAGAUGGAGGCCAAGCGCGCAGAGAAGAAGGCGGCCAGGGGCCCCAUGAAGCUGGGCACCCGCAAGCUGGACUGAGCCGGCGUGCGGGCGUGUAUUUUAUUGUACAAACCAUGUGAUCCGGCCGGGCCGGCCAGGCGCUUCUCACGUGUACAGACAGAAUCAGAGCCACAAUAAAUUCUAUUUCACA